CUCCGGAGUAACAUGCAUAGAAUGAUAGUCCAAUAAAUAAUGGGCCAAGAAAUGGCAGUAGUACAGUGAGAGUGGAGAAGGCCCGAACUGGCAGGGCCUAUCAGCGUCCGAGGAAAGCCAGGCUGCUGGUAGAGCUAUAGGAAGCCGCCUCCGAGCCCUUGCGCCUUCCUUUCCCCUGCAUGCCUCGGCGUUGAUCCAUCUGCUGCUCCGGCAUGGCGAUCUCCAAGAGCGCCCAGCCCUCGCCGGUGGCCAUCUUCCUCUCAGGGGCGGCCUCGGCGACUGCGCUGCUCGUCUUCUUCUACACCGCCACCGCAGGCCCCGCGUGGCCCACGGCGACGACGGAGUUCGCUCCUCAGGGAAGCCAGGCGGUGGCUCGGCCGGCUUCUGCACUGGCGACGAAGGCUUCUUCUCCUACCAAUGCGACGGGCGGCGACGACGCGUUCGCGCGGAUGCUGCGGCGGGCGGCGAUGGAGGACCGGACGGUGAUCAUGACGUCGGUGAACGAGGCGUGGGCGGCGGAGGGGUCGCUGCUGGACUCCUUCCUCGAGAGCUUCCGCGUGGGGCUCAACAUCUCGCACCUGGUGAAGCACAUCGUGGUGGUGGCCAUGGACGAGGGCGCGCUCCGCCGGUGCCGCGCCGUGCACCCGCACUGCCACCUGCUGCUCCCCGACGUGGACGGCCUCGACCUCUCCGGCGCCAAGAGCUACAUGACCAAGGACUACCUCGACCUCGUCUGGAGCAAGCUCCGGCUCCAGCACCGCGUCCUCCUCCUCGGCUACAACCUCCUCUUCACGGACGUGGACGUGGCGUGGUUCCGGGACCCGCGGGUGCACAUCACGGCGGCGGCGGACAUCACGACGUCGAGCGACUUCUACUUCGGCGACCCGGACGACCUGGGCAACUACCCCAACACGGGCUUCAUCUACUUCAAGGCCACGGCCCGCAACGCGCGCGCCAUGGCCUACUGGCACGCCGCCAGGGCGCGCUUCCCGGAGAACCACGACCAGUUCGUCUUCAACGAGAUCAAGCGGGAGCUGGCGGCGCCGCCCAUCGGCGUCCGGAUCAGGUUCGUCGACAGCAAGCACGUCAGCGGCUUCUGCCAGCUGGGGCGCGACCUCAACCGCAUCGCCACCGUGCACAUGACCUGCUGCAUCGGGCUCGAGAACAAGCUGCACGACCUCCGGCGCGUCGUCGAGGACUGGAGGCGCUACGUGUCGCGCCCGCAGUGGGAGCGCCGGGCCGGCAAGAUCGGCUGGAGGUUCGAGGGAGGCAAGUGCAUACAUUGAUUGAUCGAUCCAUUGAUUGAUGGGAUCGACGGGGACCGAUCGAUGCGGGAUUGUUCAUUGAGAGAGAGACCGAUGGUGCAUGGAAGAUUGCGAGCUUCCGGCCUGUCGUUGCUGUGUUUCGCCAUUAUGUUCAUAUUUCAGAAAUUAGUACUACACACACAUGACAUAUGCCUUGAGAAAAUGUACACACACUAUGCUUUUUUCAGAGAGAAUACACAUGCUAUUCUCCGGUGGAUUGUAUGGUGCUAAACUGUAAUUUGUUGUUGUCGAGCAGUUAGAGCAUCUCAAGCCCAACCCUUGAAAGGUAUUAAUUCCUCCAAAGGUUCUUCUUUAA